AUGGUAUACCCGAAAACUCAAAAUGGAUUGACAGUUUGUGUUCAGCCUGUCUACUGGUACAGCCAAUUUCAGAAUAUUAUACUAUUCAUAGAAUCAUGGAGAAAUCAAGGAGUCACUGAUUUUAUAGUUUACUUUCACUCUUCAACUAAAGAGGUCGAGAUGGUUUUGGAUUACUAUCAGAAAUUAGGAGUAAUUACAAUCAAGCCAUGGCCGACAUUCGGAGAUUUACCGCCAACAUUUCCCGAGAUAAAUUCUCAAGUAUAUCGCAUUGGUCACACCAUGGCAUCAAAUAUUUGCAUUCUGGAAAUGAAAACAUCCAUCGGAACUAUUGUGGAUUUCGAUGAGAUCAUUGUGUCAAAUAUUGGAUAUCCAGACAUUUUCAGUAGUUCAAAGAUACGUCUGACUCAAGUUGGAACUGGAGCAUUGGAGUUUAAACCAACUAGAAUCCAAUUGGAAUUGAAGCAAGACAUGAGAGGGUUCGACUCGAAUUCUUUGAAAAAUCCAACUCUUGUGAAUAAGCAGGGACCAGUGAAGGCACUCGAGUCUAUUACAGUUCCAUCAAAAUGA